GCUCGUCCUAGACCCCUUUCACUGCGGCUCCAUCGCCGAGCGGACUGGCCCGCUGCUCUCAUCCGAGACCUCAGUGCACACUGUCGGAUCUACUGAAGCACCAGCACCGGCUCCCUGAAAGCGUCCAGCUGCGGUCCAAAUGCAGGCGAUCAAAUGUGUGGUGGUGGGCGACGGGGCUGUGGGUAAGACCUGUCUGCUGAUUAGCUACACCACCAAUGCCUUCCCCGGUGAAUACAUCCCCACCGUCUUUGACAACUACUCCGCCAAUGUGAUGGUGGAUGGGAAACCAGUGAAUCUGGGCCUUUGGGAUACAGCAGGACAGGAGGACUACGAUAGGCUCAGACCACUGUCUUACCCACAGACGGAUGUGUUCUUGAUAUGCUUCUCCCUGGUCAGUCCGGCCUCCUUUGAGAACGUCCGAGCUAAGUGGUACCCUGAGGUGAGACACCACUGCCCCAACACACCCAUCAUCCUGGUGGGCACCAAGCUGGACCUGCGAGAUGACAAGGACACCAUCGAAAGGCUGAGAGACAAGAAGCUCUCCCCCAUCACCUACCCGCAAGGCCUGGCCAUGGCCAGAGAGAUCGGGGCAGUGAAGUACCUGGAGUGCUCCGCGCUGACCCAGCGAGGCCUGAAGACGGUAUUCGACGAGGCCAUCCGAGCCGUGCUCUGCCCUCCACCCGUGAAGAAGAGGGGAAAAAGGUGCACCAUGUUCUGAGGAGGAAACACUGCUUAAACACUUCACAACAUCACCAUGAACAACAACCACUACUUCUCUGAGAGGAUGAGAAAGAAAACUAGCGAGAGUGAGUGUGCACUGCUGAGAUUGCUUUCUUUAUAUUGAUGUUUUUUCAAAGCGAUAUUGGUGACCAGAACCAAUACUUAAUUGGAUUUUUUUACCAUUACCAAAUAGGUUCAUAGGUUCUCUGUGAAAGACAUUUACUGUCCACCUACUUUGUA